UGCAGGGGUCGCAGCUGAGCGCGGGCCCCGCGGAGCGUCAGUCCGCCUGAGGAGCGUCUCAGUCCGGCUUCACUCCUCCGCCUCCUCCGCUUCACCUCCACCGACAACCAGCAGCCAGCAUGCGGGAGAUCGUGCACCUCCAGGCGGGUCAGUGCGGGAACCAGAUCGGUGCAAAGUUCUGGGAGGUGAUCAGUGACGAGCACGGCAUCGACCCGACGGGAACGUACCGUGGAGACAGCGACUUGCAGCUGGACAGGAUCAGUGUGUAUUACAACGAAGCCACUGGUGGGAAGUAUGUGCCCCGAGCCAUCCUGGUGGACCUGGAGCCCGGCACCAUGGACUCAGUCCGAUCUGGACCCUUUGGGCAAAUCUUCAGACCUGACAACUUCGUCUUUGGUCAAAGUGGAGCAGGAAACAACUGGGCCAAGGGUCACUACACCGAGGGGGCGGAGCUGGUGGACUCGGUCCUGGACGUGGUGAGGAAGGAGGCGGAGAGCUGCGAGUGUCUGCAGGGCUUCCAGCUCACACACUCCCUGGGCGGAGGCACCGGCUCCGGCAUGGGCACGCUGCUCAUCAGCAAGAUCAGAGAGGAGUACCCCGACCGCAUCAUGAACACCUUCAGUGUGGUGCCCUCUCCCAAGGUGUCGGAUACAGUGGUGGAGCCGUACAACGCCACACUGUCAGUCCACCAGCUGGUUGAAAACACAGACGAGACCUACUGCAUUGACAACGAGGCCCUGUACGACAUCUGCUUCCGUACUCUCAAGCUCACCACGCCCACUUACGGCGACCUCAACCACCUGGUUUCCGCCACCAUGAGCGGUGUGACCACCUGCCUGCGUUUCCCCGGGCAGCUUAACGCCGAUCUGAGGAAACUGGCUGUAAACAUGGUGCCCUUCCCUCGUCUGCACUUCUUCAUGCCCGGCUUUGCCCCUCUGACCAGCCGAGGGAGCCAGCAGUACCGCGCCCUGACGGUGCCCGAGCUCACGCAGCAGGUGUUUGAUGCCAAAAACAUGAUGGCGGCCUGUGACCCUCGCCACGGGCGCUACCUGACGGUGGCCGCCGUGUUCCGUGGCCGCAUGUCCAUGAAGGAGGUGGAUGAGCAGAUGCUAAACGUCCAAAACAAGAACAGCAGCUACUUUGUGGAGUGGAUCCCCAACAACGUCAAGACGGCCGUCUGCGACAUCCCGCCGCGCGGCCUCAAGAUGGCCGUCACCUUCAUUGGCAACAGCACGGCUAUCCAGGAGCUGUUCAAGCGCAUCUCUGAGCAGUUCACCGCCAUGUUCCGCCGCAAGGCCUUCCUCCAUUGGUACACCGGCGAGGGCAUGGACGAGAUGGAGUUUACCGAGGCAGAGAGCAACAUGAACGACCUGGUGUCCGAGUACCAGCAGUACCAGGACGCCACGGCCGAGGAGGAGGGCGAGUUCGAAGAGGAGCACGAAGAAGACGCCUAAAGAAAACGACAGAAGAGGAAGUUCAUAACCAAAAUGAAAAAAAGAGAAAAGAAAACAUUGAAUGAAAUGAAGAAGAACAGAAUCGUACGACUGGUUAGAGAACGUGGUUGAUGGAGGGAUGAGAGGACGACAGGAAGGAGAGAUGAACGGAGGCGGAGGAGUAGCAGGAUGAGAAAUGGAAUGAUAAUUAUGUGACCAAAUUAAUGGGCCACGGUUUAUUUGGUUAAAUUACUGAAUUGAAUGAAAUAUUGCACUUAAAUUAAUUCACUCUCUUCCGUUAGAAACAGUGUUAAACAUCAAUUAGAAAUUUUAUGAAUCGCUCUGUUUUCCUUUUGGAUUUUUCUUUUGCACAGUUAAAGUAUUUAAACAAAGAGUGUCGGUGACUCGAGAUAUUUUUAAAUACCAGGACAUUCUGCUCUAAUCUUCCACAAUCUAAUUUUUGUGACCCCCACUGUAUUUACAUUUAUAAUAAACUUCAAGGGCCCGGUG